UCGGGGGGGGCGGCCUGGUGUCCGGGGGGCGGCGGCCUGGCCCCAGCGGCGGGAUCCCGGCAGAAUGCAGUUUCUGCCUCUGCUUACAGCCACUGAGAGAUUGACAUUUCCAAGACUCGGUUGUUGCAGAUUCAGUUCACUGGUUGCGCCCAGCUUGGCUUUUGUUCCCACUAGUCCUCCUCCGGACUCCAUCAAGCUAGAGGAUCUCCAAAAAUUUGUCUCCCGGUCCAAGAAGCUGUUUGUACUGACAGGAGCGGGGAUGUCGACAGAAUCUGGCAUUCCCGAUUACCGUUCUGAAGCAGUGGGACUUUACGCUAGAACAGAACGGCGUCCCAUUCAACACUCAGAAUUCAUCUGCAGUGCCAGAGCUAGGCAAAGAUACUGGGCACGGAACUAUAUUGGCUGGCCCCAAUUUAGCUCCCACCAGCCAAAUGUGGCCCACUGGGUUUUGAGUCACUGGGAGAAGCUGGGAAAAGUCCACUGGCUGGUAACUCAAAAUGUAGAUGCUUUGCACGGGAAGGCAGAGAGCCAGCGGCUUACAGAGCUUCAUGGCUGUACACACAGGGUGAUCUGCCUCAACUGUAAGGAUAUGACCUUGAGAACUCACCUUCAGGAACAAUUCUUAGCUUUGAAUCCUGGCUGGGAUGAGGAAGGCCAUGGAGUGGCUCCAGAUGGAGAUGUUUUCCUGACUGAUGAGCAAGUGAAAAAUUUCCUCAUUCCAGAAUGCCAGAGAUGUGGUGGCAUUUUGAAACCCGACGUCACCUUUUUUGGAGACUCCGUGAACAGGGAGAAAGUUAAUUUUGUUCAUCAGCGUCUUGCUGAGUCAGAUGCGAUCUUGGUUGCAGGUUCUUCUCUUCAGGUAUAUUCAGGAUACAGAUUCAUUGUCGCAGCUCAUGAGAAGAAGCUGCCAAUUGCAUUGUUGAACAUUGGGGCGACCAGAGCAGAUGCUUUGGCUACUCUGAAAAUUGAUGCUCGCUGUGGAGAGGUGCUGUCAUACCUGUCAGAGAGUGAAACCUUCAGGCUGAAAAAUCCCUAAAAGUGCAAUAGAUUUAUUAUAUGAUAAUUUUACUACGUAUAGUGGUUAUUAGUGCAUCAGGAACUUUUACUACUUAUCAUGUUCCUUGCAAUAUGUGGAGUAUAGUGAAGAGUAUGAUAUGUAAAUAUCUUGCUCCAUAUUUACCUUUUACACAGACUCUAUAAGUGAUCGUUGACACGACAUUAGGAACAAUGUGGUUUGAACCAAUUAGCACUUUGUGGGCAUUAAGAGGGUUCACUUCCUGGAUUAAAUAAAAUGAAAGACUGAGCUGA